AAAAAGAAAAAUUCUCUCCGUCGUUUUCAGAAUUUUAAGAAAUGGAAUCCAACUACGUGUUUUCCGUAGUUCAGUCUUCUUGUGUAUGUGUGCAUUAGUUGAACUUGAUUACAAAAGUCAGCACAUGAUUAAUAAAAACGAAUGAACUUGGCUCAGAGAAGAGGGAAGGGGGCAAUUGCAAACCAAACAACAAUUUCUCCUUCAAAUUCAAUAAACCGCAUCACAAACACAGACCCCUUAUUCUUCAUCUCCAAUUCCGUCAAACCCAAGAAAGUUCUUCGCUUUGCUUUUGACCCAGUUGCAUAGAAGAAAGGGGAAAAAAAUAGCUGCAAACUUUGGUGGGAAAAUGCUGGCUGCUGCUGCUUCUGCUUCGAAGCACUUUCUUCAACGCGAUGCCAGACCCAACAUUGGUUCUUGCAGUGGCAAUCGAAUUCGCUCACUUUUAACUACUUCUCGCAUCACCACUACCUACCCAAUUCGCACUACAACAUGUUACGGUUAUGGAAUCGUUUUAAAUAACCGCCAACAAAGAACAUGCCCAAGUUUGCUUUUUUCAAUAAAGGGGUUUCUUUCUGAUUCAUCACCUUCUUCGAAUUCACCAUAUGGCAGAAGUUCAACGUUAGAUGGGCGAGCAUUGUUCUCAACUUCUACUAAAAUUGAUGAUGGAAGCCAGGACCAGAAGGUUGCUUCAACCGCUGCUAAAUCACCUCCUCCUAGGGAGCAAGUUGCUGAUAUGAAGAUCCUUCGUACACUUGCCAGUUACUUAUGGAUGAAAGACAAUCUUGAGUUUCGGGUUCGGGUUAUUGCUGCAUUGGGUUUGCUUGUUGGGGCUAAGGUUUUGAAUGUUCAGGUCCCUUUCAUGUUCAAGCUUGCGGUUGAUUGGUUGACGGCUGCCACAGGCAAUGCUGGUGCUAUUGCGUCAAAUUCAAGUGUGCUGGCUCUUUUUGCAACCCCUACGGCGAUGUUGAUUGGAUAUGGGAUUGCUCGUUCAGGAGCUUCUGCUUUCAAUGAACUGCGAACUGCUGUAUUUUCUAAAGUAGCACUGCGAACAAUUCGAGUAGUAUCAAGGAAGGUCUUCUCACAUUUGCACGACCUUGACCUUCGAUAUCAUCUCAGCCGAGAAACUGGUGCUUUAAGUAGAAUAAUUGAUCGUGGUAGCCGUGCAAUAAAUUUUAUCCUAUCCUCUAUGGUGUUCAAUGUGGUACCAACCAUAUUAGAGAUAUCUAUGGUAUCAGGUAUACUGGCCUACAAAUUUGGAGCCCCUUUUGCAUGGAUUACUUCCCUAUCAGUUGCUGCUUAUGUUUCUUUUACACUGACAAUCACACAGUGGAGGACUAAGUUCAGGAAGGCCAUGAACAAGGCUGACAAUGAUGCUAGUACAAGGGUUAUUGAUUCACUUAUUAAUUAUGAGACUGUCAAAUAUUUCAAUAAUGAAGAUUAUGAAGCUGACAAUUAUGACAAGUACCUUAAGAGGUAUGAGGAUGCUGCUCUGAAAACCCAACGUAGUCUUGCUUUGUUGAACUUUGGUCAAAAUGUUAUAUUUAGUACAGCUCUUUCAACAGCAAUGGUGCUGUGUUCUCAUGGGAUCAUGAAUGGCACAAUGACUGUUGGGGAUUUGGUGAUGGUGAAUGGGCUUCUCUUCCAACUAUCUCUUCCACUCAAUUUCCUUGGUAGUGUUUAUCGUGAGACUAUACAGAGUCUAGUUGACAUGAAGUCCAUGUUUCAGUUACUUGAGGAAAGAGCAGACAUUAGGGAUAAUGAAAAUGCAAAGCCUCUGAGUUUCAAUGGGGGGGAAAUCCAAUUUGAGAAUGUACAUUUUAGUUACCUCAAAGAAAGAAAGAUACUGGAUGGAAUAUCACUUGUUGUGCCGGCUGGUAAAAGUGUUGCAAUUGUUGGAACUAGUGGAAGUGGAAAAUCAACCAUUCUUAGAUUGCUAUUCAGGUUUUUUGAUCCUCAUUCUGGAAGUAUUAAAAUAGAUAAUCAAGAUAUUCGAGAGGUAACCCUUGAAAGUUUGCGGAAGUCUAUUGGCAUUGUUCCACAAGAUACUGUACUUUUUAAUGAUACAAUUUUUCAUAACAUUCACUAUGGUCGACUCUCUGCAAGAAAGGAGGAGGUCUAUGAAGCUGCUCGGCAAGCAGCAAUUCAUGACACUAUCAUGAAUUUUCCUGAUAAAUAUUCAACUGUAGUGGGAGAGCGAGGCCUCAAGUUAAGUGGUGGUGAGAAGCAACGUGUUGCCCUAGCUCGUGCAUUCUUGAAAGCUCCUGCAAUAUUGUUGUGUGAUGAAGCUACAAGUGCUCUUGACAGCACAACGGAAGCAGAGAUUUUAAAUGCAUUAAAGUCACUAGCAAAUAAUCGAACUUCUGUGUUCAUUGCGCACAGGCUUACUACUGCAAUGCAGUGUGAUGAGAUCAUUGUAUUGGAAAAUGGAAAGGUGGUUGAGCAAGGACCCCAUGAAGUACUCUUAGCAAAUGCAGGAAGAUAUGCCCAAUUGUGGGGACAGCAAAAUAACACAGUCGAUGCAAUUGAUACAGCCAUCAAACUGGGAGCAUCAAAAUAAUAGAAGGCUUUUCCUUUCUCUUGGUGGUAAAAAAAUGCAUAACACAAUGUUAAUAGUGCAUGUGUUUAAUCACAAUUUUGAAGUUUAGUGAUUCCUAUGCAGUCAGUUAUAAGCUCCCUUUAGUCACUGUAUUAUAUUUUAUAUUGUUUGGUAGACCAAUUAAUGCGUAGACCAUAUAUGUGGAGCCAUGCAGCAGGGAAGAUCAACUGGCUUUGAUGGGGGGUUAAUUUUGAAAAAUUUCUUUGAACCACACGUAAAAGUUAUCGGUGUUCGAAGGCUACAAUGCGACACACACACAUCACUCCAAAAUGAAUGAGGCCGGAUGAGCUUUGUCGGACAGAAAAUGUUUCUAUUAUUGGAAUUGAUUUAUAGAUUGUGGGGUAUGUAUUGCAUAAAUUAAGUGCAAGUUUGGUUAUUCAGGGCAUAGAUUCAUGUUUACUUCAACGCCAUUUUUGUCUUGAAUUCAUGUUUACUGGCUUUUUAACAUAAAUUUAAAUACGCAGUAAAGCACUUUU